AUGCAGGACGAAGAUCCUUGGGCGCUCGAAGAAGUCUUCGGCCAGGAUCUUGACUCAUCAAAGGCCUGGUAUGCCCUAUCUAAAGACAUAUGUGGUAUUUCGCCAAAAGACUUUGCGAAGAAUUCUGCGUUUSAAACGUUUCCCGGUGAAAUUGCAGUUGUGCCUAAGAAAAGUCUCACUGUUUUGAGAAAUGGCGCCAAACGUCCWUUCGAAGCUACUCGGUCGGGAGAAYCUUACCAAAGACAGCCCAACAUGGUUCACGUGGCCACAACAUUCGGUAUUUUYAUAGGCUUUGUCCGACAAAGGGAUUUUCCCAGGAAUGACUUCCACAAGUCGAACAUAUUCAAGUCUGUGUUUGACUACAUAAGCGGUCUGCGCUUCGCCAUAUCGGGGUGUGCAGGUGAGGGGAAGCCUGCAACGUCGUCUACAUCGACUAMUUUCUCAUCAGUACCUUCAUGUACAUCAAGUGAGACAAAAACAUCUCCACAAAGAGAUUGUGAAAUCAAUACUAGCUUAAAUGACAUUAAAUCAGGAUCUUUGGGUCCGAGGAAAAAAAUUAAAGCGAUCUCAGCUAAGUGUUCAAGUGUAAUGGAACUUCUAAGUGACGUGACAGAGAAGUAUAAAGAGUCACUGGGUUCUGUUAUGAGCAACACUCUGAUAUACGGCAGUGAAACCGAAAGGGAUACAAUCCAAGCAGCCCUUUCCGAAAUUGCUGAUCUGGUSUUGGAUAAUGGAAAACCUCUUGCCGAGAUGUUUACCAGUGAGACCUAUUCAAAUAUAUUAUCAACUAUGAAAGUACCAGAUUGGGCCCUCCUCUACUUUAAAAUCCAGGCAAAGAUACCCGAUUCAGCCUGGCAAACGCUUUUGAACAUAACACAUCUUGGAAAGAGUGGGAGAAAGGAUGAUACUCCCUUACUAUUGACAAAGAAUCAAAUUAAGGCUAUCAGAGGGAUGGUGUUCAGAGUUGUGCGAAACAUGUACAAUGUUCAACGAAUGGACACUGAAUUUGAUGCAUUCUCUAUAGACCUGGAGUCAGCUUUGGUGUGGGCUAUCAGGGAGCAAAGGUUAUACUGUGGAGACACGCCUGAUAUGGAGUUCAACAUCAAAUUAGAUGRUAGACCCUUAGGAGGAAGAAAUCAAGUUGCUGUUGGUAUUGUGCCAAUGCAUGUUAAAARAAAGAGCUCUGAGAGUAGCCUUUCUGUUUACCCAGUUGCAAUAGCAAACUGCAAGGAAGAUCGUAAUAACUUCAAGGCUCUUCUUUCUGUGUUGAAUGCCCAGAAAAGGCACAUUAACAAGCAUGGUAUAAUUGUGGAUGGGCGUCAAUACAAAAUAAGAUUUACAGCUACAAUGGAUUAUAAAGCACUCCUACUCCUUCUAGCCAAAAAAAAAGACAUAGACUUUGUUCUUGGAGGAAAAGGUUUCUCYUGUGAAUUCUGUGCUUUUUGUGAUGCCGUAAGGGCAUGUACAGAUCAUGGAGCUGAUGCUGAUGAAACAUGCAUUACUUGUUUAAAGUCAAAAGCACAAAUAGGAAGGUGUACAGGACUACGCGAUGAUUUAGAAUUCUUGUUAGAAGAAGAUCUAAGCUCAAUUAAUCUCUGUUCACUCCAUUGUGAGCUUCGCAAUACAGAACAGCURUUGGGUACAUUAGGAUUCCAAGCUUAUAAGAUUGGCACUCUGGACAGACUGAAUGAUGCUCUUUCAAGUUAUGGACCAGAAAAAGACAGAAACUUCAAUAGGAUUACUAUAAAAGAGAGGAAGGGCAAGCAGACAGAGAUUUCAAAAUCAGACAUUAAAGUCGCUUCUUUCUCAGGAAAUACUGAAAGGGAAAUUUUGAAAAAUUUUGAGGCUAUUGUGGCAGUAGCUCUUCCCYUGGAAUCCUAUGCUAAUUACUAUAUGCAAUGUGAGGGAUCAGCAGCUGAGGAAGUAAUGAAUCACUUGACCUUUUAUGAAGAAAGGAUCAAUAAUCUCAACACCAAAUUGGAAAGAAAUGCAAUAGAGAGAGAUUUUGGAACCCACCAGGAAAGUGUUGUUAUGGGUCCAGGUACUGUGUGUGCACAGUGGCGAGACAUUGCUGAAUGUAUGAGAAAAGACACAUCUGCUGAACAGAAUCAUGAUGAAUUAAUUGACAUUUUUGAUAUAAAGUGCAAAGAAUGGGGCUUCCUUUUGAAGCAUCUCUUUGGAGUCCACCUUGGGACAGGCGAUUAUGGCCAUCUGGUGAUUGACCAUGCUUCAAUGCUUUUGAGGCGGUUCAAUUCAUUCAGRCAUUAUUCAGGACAAGGUUUUGAAUCCAGUCACAAACUACACAGACAACUUUAUGCCAGAGCUACAAACCAUGAUAAAUCUAGUCCGGCUCAAUCGUCUGAUCAAAUUCUAACACACUGGUAUGCCACGUAUCUGCUUCGUAUGCGGUACAUGUUUGUAGAAGCCCAAAAGUGCAUCAAKUCAGGKACAAAAAAAUUCCACUUCRGAGGGUGUGGUUGGCCACAUUCUGAGAGUUUUCCUUGGGAUUCUGAGACUACAGAGUGGAUAACUCAUAUGGUUAACUUAUUCUGUGCAAUAUUUGGUGAAGACUACUUGACUUAUACCUAUGACCCAUCAAAAGGUACGAAAGUAUCAGACGAUGUUACUUGCAAAAUUGUCAAGUACAACCACAAUGAAUGGGAAGAGGAAUAUUCUCUUAAAGUCCCAGGCAAAAAAUACACCAACUGUUUUUUACCACAAUCAAACCUGAAGCCUCAGUCAUCACCUUUGGAUUCAGAAUCAGGCAAGAUGGAAACGCCCAAACAACACAAGGCUUCACACUCAUCCCUUANCAAGUCUACAUACACCGCAGCAACACCGCAGCAACCCCCCAAGUGCAAGCCAAAGUCAUUGUUUGUCACUAAAAAGAUGACUGGUAAGUUGUCUGGCAAUGUAAACCCAUCACUUCAAAUGUCACAGAUGACAAGAGKAGAAAUUGCUGACCUUGGUAGCAAAAUACCAACAGUUGACUGUAGACAGCUGAGACCCAAGUUACAAGUGCUUCAUGGCCCAUUUCUUGAAACAGAUCCMAAUUCUUUGCACAGACGGCCAAGAUGUAAGAUUGUUAAURAUGCCAUUGAUUUGUUUCGAAACCAACGAGUAAACARUCCAACAGGAAUUUCAAUUGAUAGAUUUGGUCAAUUUAGUUCAGAAGGUUUAUCUUUGCUAAAGAAGUUUUCCAACAUUUCUGACAUGAGAAUUAAAGUCUCUGAAGAGCUGUCUUGGCUAGACAACAAUAAUGACCUUGUCACGGCAAGUGAGAGAGAACAAAUUGAAAAAGCCUUAUGGCACACGAAGAGUAACCAGMCCAUUUUGCGAUUUGGAAAAAAGUCAAUUGAUCCAAUGAGUUAUAGUGACCUUAUCGAUGAGAGAUACCUCGACAAUUUCACAUUGGACAUUUGUAUUGCAAAGUAUAUAGAGGAAGCUGAAAAACAAGGUUUAUCUGGAACAGUGUCAUGGUAUUUGGAACAAAUGUUUCCAACGAUAAACGUUGCCAUGGAAACUUCGGUCAAGCUGAAACUUCUAUAA